GGCCCUCCGCCAGCGCGGCUCCCCGCCGCGUGCGCCACGUGCCGCUUUAUAUCCCCCAGUUCGAUCCGUCCGCUCCUCCCAAACUUCCUUUGCGAUCACCGCGGAGGGUGAGGACAGGCGCACUUUACCCUCCAGCCCACGAGUUUAAUGCAAUAACAGCACACAUUACUACCCCCCCCCCCCGCUCCGAGUCAUGCAAGGGACUCCGUGAUGUCAACAGAGCAGGAUAAAGACGCGCUGUCCCUCAAAAGAAACAGAGGUGGAGACGGUGGGCUGGAUGGUUUAGCAGGGCCGGGUGUACUACUGGCGAGCCCAGAUAAGAAAAAGCGCAAGUCAAACACUCAGCCGGCUUUGUUCCCCCCCGUCUCUGAAUAUGCCCCACCCCCUAACCCAAGUGCGGACCACCUGGUGGCUUCCAACCCCUUUGACGACAGCUACAAUGCGCUGUCGUUCAAGCCACUGCCUUCCGGAAACCCAUACCCCGGCCACUCGCAUUACCCAGGCUUAAGCAGCUACGCCCCCCACAGGAUGCCCCCCCACGUGCCUCCCCGCAUCCCCUCUCCGUACGGGGGCCCUUACCAGCUGCGAAGUCAACUGCACCCAUUUGCUCAGAACCAGAUGGGCAUGGGGUUUGUCAGGGUGCCGGGAUUCGGCUACCCGCACCCUGAGAGCCCCGCUUAUGGGAAUCAGCCGGGGUUUAAUAGCGGUGUUCCCCUAGCUCGCAGUCAGCCCUACAGAGCCAGUCACGGAGAUGCCUUCAGCCAGGGGCCCCCACAGAUGCUGAACCGCAGCACUAAUUGCGAUGGUCCUGCGUUUGGCCCCGAGGGCAAUGUUGGGGUGAAUGUGGCCAUGCGGACCUGUGUGGACCCCAGAGCGGGCUUUGCACUGCAGAGGAGCAACCAGCAGCCUGAUCCUCCUGUACCCAAACAGGAGCUGGGCGAGGCCGCGGGCGGCGGCGCGUCUCACGGCAGCUCCCCCCAGAAGCAGGGCCCUAGUUUGGAGGAGAGCCCCUGUCACGAGGUGUCCCCCGACCGGAAGUCGAAGGGCAGAAAUGCCCCCGUCUGCCAGGAGCCAGCCCACCCUCACGCCGUAGAUAAGCUCAACGGCAUCAUCUCCCCCAGUGCUGACACCUUGAAAAACUCCCCCCAGCCAUGUGGCCCCAAAGAUGUGCCCCCCCGGGCGGGCCGGAGGCGACAAGGCAGUGGCGGCAGCAAGACCGUGGUAACACCCAGCAGGCCAGGCCCCUGCUCCUCAGACCCCAUCUACCCGUGCGGGAUCUGCCUGAACGAAGUGAACGACGACCAGGAAGCCAUCAUGUGUGAAGCCUCCUGCCAAAAGUGGUUUCACAGGAUCUGCACGGGAAUGACUGAGACGGCGUACAACCUGCUGACAGCAGAGGCCUCCGCUGUGUGGGGCUGUGACAUUUGUAUGGAGGAUAAGGGGGCACAGCUCCUGAGAUCCCGGGACCUCGCCGCUCCACCUGCGGUCACUAGUGAGGGAUAACGGGCCCCACUGAAGACUGGCCCUCCUUUCCUCUUUGCUUUAAUUUCUUCUGCCUAUCUUGCUCUUAUUUUCUAAAUUAAUGUUGCGUUCUUCUUAUUCUCGCAUUCUUCCUUGGUCUUACAGUUAUCUGUCCCAGUGGAGGUCUUGGUGAGCGCAGUCUCAUUUGUUUAGUCAGGAAUUCCGCUUGCAGUCUCUCGUAGCGUCUGUCUCUCCUUGAUGAUGCUGUCCGGUUUGACUUUUAGGUUUGUCUUGGUGUAACUUCCCUCCCGUCAAAGUCUCUGCAGAAUGACUUUAGCUCUGACAUCUUUCUUUAUGCUGUUAUAGAUUCCUUUGGAAUCCGGUCUCCUAAUGUUUUACACUAACCCCUUAUGGCUGUUUUCAGUGUGAUUCGUUAGUGCAUAAUGAAGAUAGAUGGCUGUUUUUAUACAGACAUCUAAGGAGGUAAACACAAUUAGGUGCUGUGUGAUGUUUAAUUACUGUCUCGGCUUCCCCUAAUUUAACAAAGUGUUUGAAUUUAUUUUGCAUCGGAUUUUUUUCUUCUGAUAUUCGUCUUUUUAGAGAGUCGUCAUUUACUGUUUAGCAUAAUCACAAUACUGAGAGGGCCAGACGGUGAUCUGGCUGAAUGAAAUCUGCUUUUCUUAUGUCUUAUUCUUUCCUGUGACGGAUAACCGCUUACAUGCUCUUCUUAAUAGAGAAUUCUGUUAUCGGGUAAAUGACGAUGAUUGUAAUAGCGGCGUAAUGGUAACAGUAAGGAUUACUGUUGCGUGAGAGGGAGGGUCUCCAUAGCUUUUCAUAACAGUGAAUUUGACGAGCGCCUUGGGGUCUUGUGUGUGUGUGUCAGCUUGGUCAAUCCUCUGACCAUUUCUAAAAAUACAGAGGAUGAAAAUAUUUUGAAAGUUUAACAUUUAAGACCACGAUUUAAUUUAUAAACACAUUAAUAAAUAAUAAUAAUAGUUAUCUGUAGUGCGUUGUGGAUGGAAGUUUUAUAAAGUAUUCAUACUGCAUAAUAAACAUGAGUAUAAUGUUAUGCCUUUUGAUAUUUAUAGCCAUGUUGUUUAUACUUUAUAAAUUCAUUAUAAUGCAUUAUGAAUGUGCUUAUAAAUUACUAAAAACAUGGCCUAAAGUAAAAUGUCACCGAAAGUUUUAAAAACAGUUUUGCAUUUCCUGUUAACCUUUCAUUGUUGUUCUUUUCACAUUUAUAAAUAAUUUCAGCAUAUAUUGUGGCAUCCUGUAGUGAUUGCGAUCCUCCUGUUCUGACUGCAGAGUUAUUUGUCUCUCCUUUUACAUUAUUAAAUUGUACUAGUCAUUCCUGUGUAAUUCUUUAAUGGUGCCGCGUUUUAAUGUUGCCGAAAAGAUACAGAGGUUUUUGGAAAAUGUGCAAGUCUUCAUUUGUCAUUCGUGACCACAGAUGCACACGGAGAGUUGACCAUUUUAAAGGUGCAGUCCUGUUUGCAUCAUUCUGAAACAAAAUAACAUAGGACUGGUACCAUUUGGAGUGGAGUAUAAUUUGUUUAGAUUAUUUACAUUUAACACAGAGGUUAGACUUUGUACAUCUUUGUUAUAUUUUUGUGAAAGAGCUAUGGCAAGUAUUUUUUAAUAAAUAUAGUACGUUGGCCUGCCAGAUACCAGCAAGUCGUCUAAGUUUGGUUGUGCAGUAAGGCAUACCGUGUUGUUUAGUAUUCUUAAAAUGAUUACUGCUGAUAAAUUAUGAAGUGGUGAGACUGCUUUGCAGCUAAAUGGUGGUACACCAGUUGUAGGUCACAUUAGCAGCUACAUCCAGUCUAAUAAUGAUAGUUCAUUUCCGGCAGGGUGGGACUGGCAUGUUCUACACUUUUCUACAUAUUCUACACUGUUUGAAGUGGGUAAUGAUCUGUCAUCUAGCUGUUGGUUAAGUAGCUUUAAUGCAGUUGAAUUUGACUUUUUUGUAUAAGGUACACAAUGUUUUCAACUUCUAAAUAUUACUGUUUACUUAUGUACUGUUACCACAUAUCAGACACUUAUUUACAACAUUCUUUUGUUCCUAAAAUGGUAUUUGUGAAUGCCAAAAAAAAAUAAGUUUUUCUUUUUAUCUUACACAUUUAAAUCAGAUUUCACUUGAAUUAGUAAGGAAUAUAAAAAUGACAAUAAGGUUUCAGUUCAGACCAGUUAAACUUAAUUAAAUGUUGAGAAUUGAGGAUUCUUUGGAAUUUGUUAUUUUUUUUUACACUCUUCGUCAUUAGCUGAGAAUGAUGUUUUGUGAGGCUGUGAUUUCUAACAUGCUCCGUUAUUGUAUAGCAGAAUCUGACAAAAAUGUUGCAAAUGUUUUAAUAUAAUGCACUCUCCACACCCAUCUAAUUUAUAAAUAUUAAAAUGGAAGAUGGUCUUAUGCACAUCUACAUUUAAUGCUAUAUGACUGUUGACACCAGAUGCCUUAAAUGUGUUUGGUCACAACUGUAACAUGUGGGUUCAGUGUGGAUUCGACAGGUCCUUUGCAUUUUCCACACGUACGUGUGAUGAUAUGCAUUUCACCUGCUGCGUUUCUGUUAAUUGCAAGGUUUUGAUUUGUCGUCGGAGAAAUGCUUCGUAGGAAAUACGUAUUGGGAUGUGCACAUUUCCUCAUUACAAGCGUUGAAUGUGCAUCUGUUGUACAACAUUUUGUGUUUUUUUUCUGUUAUAUGCAAGGUGAUGUGACUUUUAUUAAAUGUAUAGACAGUGUUUUCUGAAGUAUAACAAAGGCACAUCUAGUGUUUAAGUUCUAAUGACUGCAGUUGUUGUUAUCUAAAUGCUUGUAAAAGAUGACAGCAAAAUCUGAUAGCAGUUACGUGCUGUGAGGUUUGACCAGCAGAUUAUUACGAGAAGUAGUGAUAAAAAAAAAUCUAAGGGUCACAGUCUAGUUCGUUCAAAUAUUUGAAUGCAAUGACAAGUAAUUGAGCACUGGGCAAAAAUACGUUACGGUAAUUCAAUACUUCUUAUGUAGUAUAAAGUUCUCAAAACUUUGCUCUAUUCUGCAUGAAGUAUUAUGAUGAAUAAAUCUUUUAAAUGUU